AAAGCGUGUACUUCACCGCUCGUAGCAGGUAGCCCCACCUAUGGCUGUCAUCAUAAUUAAAGUCCUGGCAUCUCCACGCCUGCCCUGAACAGUUCCUAGUAAAACGGAGUGAACUGUCCGAUCCUCUGGUUAUUGCCCUGCGGGCUAUGGGCACGUGCAUUUGUUGACAACAAUUAUCGACAAUUUGGUUGAUAUUCUUGUUAACAUUUUGUGAGGCACAGUGCCCUUUACGCAGCUACAAACAAACAAACAAAAACGUGCUGUUUCUGACAGUAUUUGGCUUGCAAAUAGUUUAAGCUAUUUACUGUGGCUAAAGAAACCUCCGCCUCUGUAGAGGGCAGCAGAGGCCACACGUCACAGCAACAGCGCGAGCGGAGUCCUGGAAACACUACAGAAGGAUGCAGAGUUAGCAAAGCCGACUAAAUAUAACUCAUUUAUCAGCGUUAAACAUGAAAUUGUAUUGUCUGUCUGGUCAUCCUACAUUGCCUUGCAAUGUCCUCAAAUUCAAAUCCACCACUAUAAUGCUGGACUGUGGGUUGGACACCACCUCUGUACUCAACUUCCUGCCCCUUCCUCUCGUGCACAGCCCCAGACUCUCCAAGCUACCUAGUUGGGUCUCUAAGGAUGGAACGAUAAACUUAGAGAAGGAGCUGAAGGAGUGUGCAGGAAGAGUGUUUGUGGACUCCCAGCCAGAGUUCUGUCUCCCUGAGAAAGAACUUCUGGAUCUGUCUACCAUUGAUGUCAUCCUGAUCUCUAACUACCACUGUAUGAUGGCCCUGCCCUACAUCACUGAACACACAGGCUUCACUGGGACAGUGUAUGCCACAGAACCCACCCUGACAAUUGGCAGACUGUUUAUGGAGGAACUAGUGAACUUCAUGGAGAGAGUUCCCAAAGCCCAGUCUGCCACCUGCUGGAAAAAUAAGGAAAUACAAAGGAUGCUCCCUGGGCCGCUGAAGGAUGCAGUAGAUGUGUAUACGUGGAAGCGAAGCUACAGCAUGCAGGAGGUCAACUCUGCCCUCAGCAAAGUGCAGCUAGUGGGUUAUUCACAGAAAGUGGAGUUGUUUGGAGCUGUACAAGUCUCCCCCUUAAGCUCUGGUUACUCAUUGGGUAGCUCCAACUGGAUCAUCCAGUCUCAUCAUGAGAAAGUUUCCUAUGUGUCGGGUUCAUCCCUCCUCACCACACAUCCACAGCCGAUGGACCAAAGCUCCCUUAAGAACAGUGACGUUCUGAUUCUGACAGGCCUCACCCAGAUGCCCACCGCCAACCCAGACGGCAUGCUGGGAGAAUUCUGCAGCAACCUGGCCAUGACGAUUCGAGCAGGAGGCAAUGUGCUGGUGCCGUGCUACUCGUCAGGGGUGAUAUAUGACCUGCUGGAGUGUCUGUACCAGUUCAUAGACAGUGCCAACCUGGGAACCACGCCCUUCUACUUCAUCUCACCCGUCGCCAACAGUUCACUGGAGUUCUCUCAGAUCUUUGCUGAAUGGCUUUGCCACAAUAAGCAAUCAAAGGUGUAUCUUCCAGAGCCUCCAUUCCCCCACGCAGAGUUGAUCCAAACAAACAAGCUGAAGCACUACCCCAGUAUUCACGGAGACUUCAGCAGCGAGUUCCGUCAGCCGUGCGUGGUGUUCACCGGUCACCCCUCUCUGCGCUUCGGGGACGUGGUUCACUUCAUGGAGCUGUGGGGCAAAUCCAGCCUCAACACCAUCAUCUUUACUGAGCCAGACUUCUCUUACCUGGAUGCUUUGGCUCCCUACCAGCCACUGGCCAUGAAGUGCGUUUACUGUCCCAUUGACACACGGCUCAACUUCCACCAAGUAUCAAAGCUGCUCAAGGAAGUCCAGCCCCUCCACGUGGUGUGUCCAGAGCAGUACACCCAGCCUCCACUGACCCAGUCCCACCGCUCUGAUCUCAUGCUGGAGCUGCAGCCCCCCCCUAUGCCCUACAGACGCUGCUCUGUACUCAACCUGCCCUUCAGACGCAGCUACGAACGUGUCUACAUAAUGCCUGAGCUGGCCAACUCCCUGGUGCCCUCUGAGAUUAAACCUGGCGUCUCCCUGGCAACUGUGUCUGCAGUGCUGCACUCCAAGGACAACAAGCACACACUACAGUCGGUGCCCAAACCCCCUCCAGCGCCCCCCAGCAAGAAGAGGAAGAGGGUACUGGAUGAACCUCCAUUAGUGCUGGCCCCCAAACCCCUACUGAGUGGAGCUGUGCCCCUGGAAGCGUUCCUGGCCACAUUGCAAAAGCAAGGUAUUACAGAGGUCAAAGUGGAGGAGACGGCGGACGGACACAUUCUACACCUGCAGGCGGAGGACACACUGAUUCAGCUGGAGGAGGACGGGACACACAUCGUCUGUGACAACAACGAGCCGCUGCGGACCACUCUGAGAGACCUGGUGCUCCGCUUCCUGCAGAAACUCUGACCUCAAUCCUCUUCACGCUUCUUAUUCCUCCAGCAGUGCAGAGCUGAUGCCCAGCUUCUUUAACUCCUCCACCAGAUCUCCGUUCUGGUGCAUCUGGAGCAGGAUGUCGCAGCCCCCCACAAACUCGCCGCUGAAGUACACCUGAGGGAUCGUGGGCCAGUUGGA